AUGGUCGCAGACGCCCUUGUCUAUCACCCUGCGGUGACUCAUUACCUCCGAUUUGUCGCGACGACAGUCGGCCGUGAUAAAGUUCUCCGAACGAUCCAGUAUUUCAGCAGAUUCUACGCUUGGUACUUGUAUCGUACCAAUAACCCGACCAGCGCCAUCCAGCCAUGGACCACGCUCAAGAACCAAUUCGGACUGACGAGGAAAAUCCUGCGCGCUGGAAAAUUCGUCGAACACAUACGGGCCGCUUCUGAACUAUACGAUGCGGCGGUCAAGUCGGGCAAUGGGGACAAGAUUGUGCAAUACCUUCAGGUCCUGAGACAGAUUGGGUACGGAGGCUACCUGUUCUUCGAUAUGACGACGUUGUUGGAUGCAAUGGGGGUCAAGAAAGAUGCUCGCGCGAAGAGCGUCCAGAUCACGGCGUACAAAUUCUGGCUCACAGGCCUGAUCGCAAGCGCCCUUGCCGGUGUAUACAACACCUAUAAGUUGAGAGAGCGUGCCAGGGCUGUCGAUGAGAAGGACGCCGAAGCCAAGUUGGAGAAGGUCAAGAUUGCCAGACAACAACAAAGCGUCAAUAUCCAGCUGAUCUCCGACCUCUGUGACCUGACAGUACCGAGCACAAUCCUCGGCUACACCAAUCUUGAUGACGGUAUUGUUGGUUUGGCGGGUGUGACCAGCAGUUUGCUCGGCAUAUAUGGAGCAUGGCAGAAGACUGCUUGA